CGACAUCAAGAGAUGCAGCCAGUGAAAGAGGAGUCAGUUGACAGAGCCGCGGUCGGUGCGAGAGCUGCGGAGUGAGGACACAAUUUACCCGAGUCGCGGCAACUCUGUGACAAAAACACUUAAAGAGCAGCUUCUGACUCCCGGCUUUGGAGGUUCUCUGGUCCCCCGUGGCGCAUCGGUAGCGAGAGGUGACAGUUUGGACAAAAUCAUCCUGGUGUCGAACAGCAGUACGAGAGAGAGGAGAAACUCCAGGAGACAAGCUGGACGGAGCGGAGCUGAGGGAGAAGGGCGAAAGCCCAGCAUUCGUCCUGAGACACAGAGUGUGCAACACCAACAGCGCCAGCACCAGCAACUCCACCUCAGACAGCCAGGACACCAUGAGCUCAGGCAGCUCCAAGUCAGACUGUACACAGAACGAGACUGCGGCCAUUAGAAGAACGGUACACCAUGAAGGAGACAAGAGAACAGAGGCAGAGGAAGAGGAGGAGAGGAGCUCGGAUGAAGGCUUUAUGGGGAUGACGCCACUGCUGCAGGCCCACCACGCUAUGGAAAAGAUGGAGGAGUUUGUCCAUAAGAUGUGGGAAGGCCGGUGGCGUGUCAUCCCUCACGACGUGCUGCCUGAUUGGCUGAAGGACAACGACUUCCUCCUGCAUGGACACAGGCCACCGAUGCCAUCCUUCAGAGCGUGCUUCAAGAGCAUCUUCAGAAUCCACACAGAGACGGGCAACAUCUGGACUCACCUUCUCGGUUGCCUGUUCUUCCUGUGUCUGGGGAUCGUGUACAUGUUCAGACCCAACAUGUCGUUUGUGGCGCCGUUUCAGGAGAAGAUCGUGAUUGGCGCGUUCUUCUUGGGAGCGAUCCUCUGCCUGUCCUUCUCCUGGCUCUUCCACACAGUCUACUGCCAUUCAGAGGGCGUCUCUCGGAUAUUCUCAAAGUUGGACUACUCAGGCAUCGCGUUCCUGAUCAUGGGUAGUUUUGUGCCGUGGCUUUACUACUCCUUCUACUGCUCCCCUCAGCCCUGUGUUGUUUACCUGAUCGUGGUGUGUAUCCUGGGCCUCGCCGCCAUCACUGUCUCCCAGUGUGACUUCUUCGCCACGCCGCAGUACCGAGGAGUAAGAGCUGGUGUGUUUGUGGGCCUGGGCCUGAGUGGAGUUGUGCCCACAUUACACUUCGUAAUCUCUGAGGGCUUCCUCAGGGCCACCACUAUCGGUCAGAUGGGCUGGCUCUUCCUCAUGGCCGCCCUUUACAUCACCGGAGCCUGCCUUUACGCUGCGCGCAUCCCUGAGAGAUUCUUCCCCGGCAAAUGUGACAUCUGGUUCCACUCGCACCAGCUGUUCCACAUCUUGGUGGUUGCGGGAGCGUUCGUGCACUUCCACGGCGUGUGCAACCUGCAGGAGUUCCGCUACACGGUGGGAGCCGGCUGUACCGCGGACGGCGCUCUGUGAGACCCCGCUGCACCACCAGGGGGAGACAGCGCUCUCCUUUUAUUACCACCACCGCCAGUAACACCUCCUCCUCUCUCAACUGUCUCACUCCACUACAGAGGGCUGAACAAGAUCUUUUCUUCUGUUUGUUUUCCCCUAAUUCCUUCUCUCCUCCUCUUCUGCCCUCUUUAAUAAAAAAAAAAAACCUAUGAUGUGAUUCAGUGGAGCUCGAGGGUGGACCAAUUCUGAAAUACUGAUUUACAGAAUUGUUUUUGAGGUCUGUAAACAAUAUGACUUCAUGCUGUUUGCAUAUUAACUGGGUUGGGGGAAAAAAAAAAAAGGUGUGGAAGUUUGCCUUUAAAGGUGCAAAUGGUUUUAACUGUUAUAAACGUUAUUAUUAAUGUAAAUAAGAUUUCUAAACCUGGGUUAUAUAGAUUUUUACAAAUGUUAAAUAAUAAUAAUAAUAAUUAAAAAAAAAAAAAAAAAAAACAUUAUAGUAUUGUUAAAUUGAGCGGAAAAGAUGCAAUCGGUGCAUCGAUUAGGAUCAUGGAGUCGGCAAAUUAACUGUGCACUUCUGAACCAAAAAUAAUAAGAGGGUGAAAAUAAGAAACGUGACUAAAGGACCGGAGAGAAACAAGAUUUUGGAUUGAGCUGAAUGAAGCAAUAUUCGCUGCUUCACAUGAAAGUGCACAGCCAAGGUUUGUCUCCGAGGCUGUACCAGUGUGUAUCUUUGGCUCGCUGAGUCAGAAGUCCACAAGAAGCCAUUGUGAGAGUUUUUCUGGCAAAGCCAUAAUCCUGACAGGCGCCAGGUCCAACAACUGGCCUUAAGAUAUCGUUUUCAGCCUCCUUUUUUUCACACAAGGAAUUUCUGCUUCUCUACUUGGAUGAUAGCACCUCGGAUCACACGUUUGUUUUUUAUGGGAUGUUGAAGAAGAUGCUGAGAUGCGUCUCUGUGUGUUUAAGCGCACGUUUUAUUUCAUUGCUAUGAUGCGCUGCUUGUUGCUUCAUUUAAUUUUGCAGUCUGUUCGGUUGGGACACUUCUUCUUCUUCUUUUUUUUUUUUUUUUGCAUUACAAUGCAGGAAAAGCUUUAUUUUUGUUUCAAGCUUUUUGCUCGCCUUUUCCAGAGGGCUUAUGGAUCAUGUGUUACAGAUCCAUGAACACAUCACACUGUGUUUCAUCUGCGUAAGAGUAUUACUACAGUCUGCUCACAUCAACAUGAGGCAAACCCACUUCGUAGGACGUUUUAUAAGAUCAAGGGCCGGAACGGAGGCAUGCCACAGCCACCGUCCGUUUCAUAAACGCUGCCUUACACGUCAGCUCGUGUUGAAAAGAGGCAACUCGGGGAUCAACGUCAACGUCUUGGAACUUCGAUACAGGAUAAACCUGUAGACUGCACAUUCAUCCGUCUGUAAAAGACUUUGACAGUGUUAUCGGUGUAAACUGUCGACCGCUGUGGGCCCUGACUUCACCACCAACACAAGGCCUUGAUUCGCUGCAUUAUAUGUUUAAUUCAUUUCUGAUGAGGUUGAUUUCCUUUUUUUUUUGGUCACUAUUCUUUUUAAUAUUAAUUUAUUAUUGAUUUGUGAGAGGUGCAUACUAUUUCUCGUUGAAGCACACAAAGUUCCGAGUGUCUGCAGUAGAGCCUUUAUAUCUGCUGUAUUGUUCUAAUAAAAUGUUUUUGAAUCCUUCUGAA